ACUUGGUUUACACAUUCCCUUUUGCGCCAUUAUUUUUCGGAAUUGUCCAUGAAUUUGUUAUUGUACGAGCGUCAUGUAUAACGCGAAUUUGAAUUAAAAGUAGUGUUUAGUUUGAAUUAUAGCGAUAUUCUUAAAAGGAGUAAAGAUGCCGGCGUUUUUAAAGUAUAUAGAUAUGGAAAACUUCAAGUCCUACAGUGGACAUCAUCAGAUUGGACCUCUGAAGUCUUUUACUGCUGUUGUAGGUCCCAAUGGAUCAGGAAAAUCAAACUUCAUGGAUGCUGUUAGUUUUGUGAUGGGUGAAAAGACAUCUCUGCUGCGUGUGAAACGACUUAGCGAUCUCAUCCAUGGAGCUUCUAUCAACAAACCUGUGUCCAGAAGUGCCUCCGUAACAGCAACAUUUGUGCUGGAAGAUAUGACUGAGAAACAGUUCCAGAGGUCUGUUAUUGGACAGUCUUCAGAUCACAAAAUUGAUGGACAGUCAGUAACUAUAAGUCAAUACCUGGCUGAGUUGGAGAAACUGGGCAUCAACGUCAAGGCAAAGAACUUCCUGGUGUUCCAAGGGGCUGUGGAGAGCAUCGCUAUGAAGAAUCCUAAAGAGAGGACCGCUUUGUUCGAGGAGAUUAGUGGUUCUGGAGUACUAAAAGAGCAAUACGAGUUAUGUCGCGCGGAAGUUAAUCGCGCAGACGAAGAAGCCCAGUUCUCGUAUCAGAAGAAAAAGGGAGUGGCCGCUGAACGGAAAGAGGCUAAGUUUGAGAAAGAGGAAGCGGAAAAGUAUACGAGGCUUAAGGAGGAAUUGCAACAACAAAAAAUCGAGCUCCAACUCUUCCAUCUCUACCACAAUGAGAAAGAGAUCCAGUCCUGCGAGGAGGACCUCCAGUACAAGCAGACGGAACUCACCAAGAUAGAGAAGAAGCGGCAGAAGGCAGAAGAAGCUUUGAAAGAUAAGAAGAAGGCAACAGGCACUGCGCAGCGAGAUCUGGCCAAGAUUGAACAGGAUAUACGGGAAGUGGAAGCAGAAGUAUCUAAAAAGCGUCCAACAUUCAUAAAGGCAAAAGAAAGAGUGUCGCACACGCAGAAGAAGCUAGAGAGUGCGGUGAAGACACUCGAACAAGCGAGGAAAGCGCAUGAGGCUCAUCAGGCUGAUAUACGUAAACUGGAGGGUGAAUUACGCGAGAUAGAAGAACAGAAAGCGACCUGGGAGCAGACGCAGCUCGGCACCAGCGCUACUAGGGCUGACGUGCAUUUGGAAGAAGCGCAGAUCCGCGAAUACGAAGAACUGAAAAUGGAGGCGUCCCGCCAAGCGGCUAGAUAUCUACAGGAGUUGGAUUCCGUGAACCGAGAGCAGAAGGCUGAUCAGGAUCGGCUUGAUAACGAGCUGCGGAGGAAAGGAGAGUUUGAGAAUAAGCAUCGCCAGAAGGGCCAUGAGCGCAACGAGGCCAUGAAACGAGUGGAGAAACUAAAUGAGCACAUCAAGAGCUCGGAGCAAGCGCUCGAGGAGCAGAGGAGGCUGCGAAAUGAGCUGCAGGCGGACGUAGGUUCGUGUCGCGGUAAAGCAGCAGCUCUCCAAGCAGCACUAGAAGAGGUCGCCUCUCAGCUCGGCGAUGCUCGCGUCGACAAACACGAGGAGGCGAGACGGAGGAAGAAACAGGAGAUCGUGGAGAGCUUCAAGCGGGAGAUACCCGGUGUGUACGACCGCAUGAUAAACAUGUGCCAGCCGACCCACAAGCGAUACAACGUGGCGAUCACGAAGGUCCUCGGGAAGUAUAUGGAGGCCAUCGUGGUGGACACGGAGAAGACGGCCAGGAGAUGUAUCCAGGUGCUGAAGGAGAGGAUGCUGGAGCCGGAGACGUUCCUGCCCCUGGAUUAUAUACAGGCGAAGCCGUUGAGGGAGAGGUUGCGCGACAUAAAAGAGCCGAAAAAUGUCAAACUCCUAUUCGACGUGCUCCGAUUCGAACCUGCGGCCAUUCAUCGUGCGGUGCUGUUUGUGACAAACAACGCGCUCGUGUGCGAGACGCCGGAGGACGCUUCACGUGUCGCGUAUGAUCUUGAUAGGAACAAGAACAGCCGAUAUGAUGCGCUGGCGUUGGACGGCACUUUCUACCAGAAGUCUGGAAUCAUUUCCGGCGGUUCGCUCGAUUUGGCGCGAAAAGCCAAGCGCUGGGAUGAGAAACACCUGUCACAGUUGAAGGCUAAAAAGGAGAAACUUACAGAAGAACUCCGUGAGUCGAUGAAGAAAUCUCGCAAAGAGUCAGAACUGACGACCGUUGACUCGCAGAUACGUGGGCUUGAGUCGAGGCUAAAAUACGCUCUAUCAGAUAGGGAUGCUACGCUGAAGCAAAUCAAAGCGUUGGACGCGGAACUCGCUGAUCUGGAACGCAAGAUGGAUAAUUUCGGCCCGCAAAUUGAAGAAAUAGAGCGCACUAUAUGCGCACGCGACGCCAAAAUACAAGAAAUCAAAGAGAACAUGAAUAACGUAGAAGAUGUGGUGUUCCGCGCCUUCUGCAGGGACAUUGGUGUUGCCAACAUACGGCAAUAUGAAGAGCGCGAAUUACGCGCGCAACAAGAACGCGCCAAAAAGCGUAUGGAGUUCGAAGCGCAGAUCGACCGCAUCGCUUCCAACCUUGAGUUUGAGCGCUCGAGGGACACUCAGAAGAACGUGACGCGUUGGGAGCGCACGGUGCAGGACGGCGAGGACGAGCUGGAGGCCAACCGGCAGGCGGAGGCCAAGCAGCGGCAGGACAUCGACCGCGAGCUGCGCCGGGCCGAAGCGCUCAAGGCGGACCGCACCGCUGCUCGAGCAGCGCUCGACGCGGCUGAGGAGCAGGCCACGCAGGCUCGCAAAGACCUAGCGAAUAUACAGAAGGACAUAGCAAGUGUUCAGAAACAGAUCGCGGCCAUCGAGGCACGCAUCGAGACGCGCAGAUCCGACCGACACAACAUACUGCGACAGUGCAAGAUCGAUGAUAUAAUAGUACCCCUAAUGGAGGGCAGUCUACAUGACACGACGGACGAAUCCGAGCCUUCUUCUAUGUCGUCCUCGCAACGCACCAAUCGGAUCCGCGUAGACUACAGCAUGCUCUCUGAAGCGCUGAAAGAACUAGAGGAAGCCGAUGAGAUCAAGCGCAAAGCGGACAAGCUGCAGAAGGGCAUUAAUUCGCUGCAGAACACCGUUGAUAAGAUACAGGCGCCGAAUAUGCGGGCAAUGCAAAAACUAAAUGAAGUGCGUGAAAAAGUGAACGCGACCAACGAAGCGUUCGUCGCAGCGCGCAAAAGAGCGCACAAAGCUAAACUUGCUUUUGAGAAGGUGAAAAAGGAACGUCACGACAAAUUCAUGACGUGCUUCGAACAUGUAGCCAAUGAGAUCGACGCUAUAUACAAGGCAUUAGCAAUGAACCAAUCUGCGCAAGCGUUCCUCGGGCCGGAAAACCCGGAGGAACCAUAUUUAGACGGAAUUAACUACAACUGUGUAGCGCCCGGGAAGCGAUUCCAGCCGAUGUCCAAUUUGUCCGGGGGAGAGAAAACUGUCGCUGCGUUAGCGCUGUUGUUUGCUAUACACAGCUACCAACCAGCACCUUUCUUCCUUCUCGACGAGAUCGACGCAGCCCUCGACAACACGAACAUCGGCAAAGUGGCCGCUUUCAUCCGCAGCAAGAAGGGCUCGCUGCAGACCAUCGUCAUCUCGCUCAAGGAGGAGUUCUACGGGUGUGCCGACGCGCUUGUCGGCAUCUGCUCUGAGCCCGCGGAUUGCCUCGUCAGUGACGUCAUCACACACAGCCUUGAAAACUAUCCAGAUUAAACAUUUAUGGUUAUUUAGAAUAAAUUUAUUUUUCCAG